AUGUCGAUGAUAAUGUUGAGCGCUCUACGAAGGCAAUGUUUGAGCCAGUUCCGCGCACGGCUAUUCCACCAGCCAUAUUGCAUCAGGAAUGGAUUGCACGGAUCUUCAGCCGGCUUUGCAAAAAAGCUAAACAGAAAAGAUGCAUAUUCGCACCUAGAGGCGGUACACGGCCCAGAUCAAUUCGGAACGCUAUCCCCACAAGUGGACGAACCGGAAACAGCCGAUGAAGGCGAUCUGAAGGAGGAAGACUUUCUGCAAAACUUACCCUCGCAGGGACAGAAGCUUUCCGUGCGCCAGUAUGCCGAUAUGAUAAAGGAUCAUUUGAAAAACAAUCGCAUCCGGGAAGCCCUGGACGUGGUCGAGGUGCGAAUGAAGCAGGAUCGUGUCAAGCCGGUAAACUAUCAUUUUAAUCUGCUGAUUGGUGGAUGUGCACGGGUCGGCUACAGUAAGAAAGCGUUUCAGCUGUACAAUAAAAUGAAGCAACAUGGUCUGAAAGUGACCGGCGGAACGUACACGUCGCUGUUCAAUGCAUGUGCCAUCUCACCGUUUCUUGGGGAUGGACUAAAGCGAGCAAAUCAUCUGCGCGAAAUCAUGCUAGAGAAGGGAUACGAACCGAACGAAACGAAUUACAAUGCCAUGAUCAAAGCGUACGGUCGAUGCGGUGAUCUGAUGACCGCUUUUCAACUGGUCGAUGAAAUGGUGGCACGCGAACUGAAUGUCGCGACGGACACGUUUAACUUUUUGCUGCAGGCAUGCAUUAGUGACCGUGAGUAUGGGUUCCGACAUGCGCUGCUAGUGUGGCACAGGAUGCAUCGUAUGAAGAUCAGCCCGGAUCGCUAUUCGUUUAAUCUGUUGCUCCGUUGCGUCCGGGACUGUCAGCUUGGUGAGCUGGAAACAAUGGAACAAGUCAUCGAGCAAAUACUCAGCCAAAGUAUUGUACAACCGCAGCAACAGUUAGCAUCAGUCGGAGAAAAACGGACUAACGAGGGUACGCUUGCAGUAAACGACGAAAGUACACCAUCGCUCCAAAUCGCUUACGUGAACAGCGAACUUACCGAUCGGCUCAAUCACGAGGGUGUGCCAGAUCUGCUGUCGCCAAAACCCCAUUUAGGUAGCUUGGUAAAGUUGGGCGAGGUGCGAAAAGCGGAAGAUCGUUUGCUAUUGUUAGGUGGCUCAUCGAAUGUAUUCGCCGAAAUGAAACGAUGCAACGUGGAGCCGGACGUACGAACCAUGACCGAGCUGCUGGAUGUGAUUCCACCGACGUAUGCUGCCGAGAAGCAGCUGCUGACCACGAUAAAGCAACUAAAGUUGGGGUGUGAUAUCGAUUUUUUUAACAUUCUUAUCAAGAAACGAUCGAUGCGAUUCGACUACGAAGGAGCUAGGGAAGUGCUGUACAUGAUUGAGGCAGCAAAUCUCGAACCGGAUAUCGUCACCUACGGUGUACUGGCCCUCGGAUGCCAAACCCAGGAGGAAGCCCGUUCGCUCCUCAACAUGAUGAAACAAGCGGACGUGCGCAUGAACAUACAAAUUCUCGGCGCAAUGUUGCGCCAGGGUUGCGCGAGGAAUAACUUCCGCUACGUUACGGAAGUGCUGAACAUAGUCAAGCGGGAGCGAUUGAAGCCGAACGAACCGUUCCUGCGCCAUCUGGAGGAGUUUGGUAAGGUGUGUGAAAAGCGGGACCGCGACUAUGAUGCCAAACCACGGCAAAAGGGACGGGACGAGUUCAAGAUGGAGUACAACCGAUAUCGGAUGCAUCUGGACGCGUGGCGGGAACAUAUGGGAUUGCAGGGACUAGCGCUAGACCAGGCGCUCGGCAUUGUGCGAGAACAUCCCUGGGAACAGUUCAAACAGUCACAGCCGGAUGGGUUUGAAGCAGUUAAAAAUCCAAAGCUUCGCCACAAGCGAAAGAAACAGCACUCGAUACGCAAGGUCGACGUGGAUGCGAUCGCUGAUGAUGAUGAUGAUGGUGAUGAUGGUUUGCUUAAAAAAGUAGAAGAUCAAACGAAGGAAGUUAGGUUGGUACAUUAG